AUGAUUUGCGACACAGUGGACAGAGGCUGCAGCUCGUUCAUGGAAAUAUGUCUGCUGUUCCGCACAGCGAACAGGAACGUGUGUGACGUGUGCGGCAGUUCGUACAAGCACCGCGAGUCGCUGUACCACCACAAGAAGAAGCACCUGGGCCUCACCAAGUGCCCCGUGUGCGGGAAGGUGUGCAGCAUCGUGGCCGACCUGCGCCGCCACAUGGAGGUGGCGCACCAGCUUUCCUCCGAGGACGUCCGCAAGAUCAUCCCCACCAAGCCUAAAGACCGCCUGUCCUGGAGCCAGUUCAUGACGGCGGCGGCGGCGGCGGCCACGUGCGACGUGUGCGGCCGCGUGUUCCAGAACCCGGGCUCGCUGCGCAAUCACCGGCAGCUGCACGCCGGGCGCACGGCCUGCUCGCUCUGCGACGGCGUGUUCAGCGCCGUGUCGGCGCUGCGCCGCCACCUGCGCGACGUCCACGGCCGCUCCGAGAGCGAGGUGUACCGGCUGAUCCAGGACUGCCACAUCGUGCCACGACAGAUCCAGGACUGCCACAUCGUGCCACGACAGAUCCAGGACUGCCACAUCGUGCCACGACAGAUCCAGGACUGCCACAUCGUGCCACGACAGAUCCAGGACUGCCACAUCGCGCCACGACGGAUCCAGAACUGCCACAUCGUGCCACGACAGAUCCAGGACUGCCACAUCGUGUCACGACAGAUCCAGGACUGUCACAUCGCGCCUCAGUAA